CUUCAAUCUGGUCGCCUUGGGAAUCUCCCAGUGACCAACAACAACCAAGUUCUGACGACACACAAGCCCCCCUGAAGAUGUCUUCCCCUGUGGAUCAGCUGGCUAUUCUCUGGUAUCCCCCUGCGUAUGACAUUCGCGUCGAGAAGGUUGCUUUCCCGAGGAUCGAACAUCCAGACGAUGCGAUUGUCAAAGUCAAACUAGCUGGAUUGUGCGGGAGUGAUCUGCACAUUUAUCGUGGGACCGCGGGGCUAACAGAAUCUUGUGUUUGCGGGCACGAAUUUGUGGGGGAAGUCAUAGAGCUCGGUUCGAGUUUUCAUCCGGCGUCGCGUGAUCGCCCUUCCCUCUACUCUACCCUCAAGGCUGGCGACAAGGUCAUCUCCCCCUUCACAGUCUCAUGUGGGGAAUGCCACUUCUGUCGCCUCGGCUUCACCUGUAGAUGUGUGGAAUGUUGCCUCUUUGGAACGCCAAGCACUCCUGGAGGGCAGGCGCAGUAUGUUCGCAUCCCUAAGGCUGGUGGGACGCUAUACAGGCUGGACGAAGUCGUAGUUGCUUAUGCGGGUCAAGAACUUGAGAUGCGACGUUCUAUCCCAAAGCUAGCGGACUCCUCACUGCUCAUGCUUUGUGACAUUCUUCCUACUGGUGUGUUUGCGGCCUUCCAGGCCUUGAACCACCCCAAGAGUCUGCCGAUGAUGACAUCACAACCAUAUCCUCACAGUUCCACCAUUGUUACCCUGGAAGGCGCACAGGCUCCAAGCGGAUUGCGCCAACAUGAUACAGUCUUGUUGAUCGCCGUUAUUGGGCUUGGGCCUGUUGGAAUGUGUGCCUGCAUCGCAGCCCUUGAUAUUUUCUACACUAAAGGCUUGGACUUCAAACUAGUCGCAAUUGACCCUAAUGAAGCGAGACGUAGCAAACUUGCAAGGAUCUAUUCGAAAAUAUCCCAGGAACAGGAGAGGGGUUACCUGCAAGUCGCUAGCAUCGAAGACAGCAGGAACAUUGUAUCUGAGUGGAGUAACGGAGUUGGUUGCAGCGUUGUUUUGGAGGCCGUUGGGAACAACAGUGCGCUGUCACUUGCAUACGAACUCGUGAGGCCAUUUGGUUGCAUUACAUCUGUCGGGGUGCACUCCAAUUCCACGGUUCCGUUCACUGGCCAAGAGCUUUACGACAAGAACGUCUCGCUCGAUUUUGGCCGGUGUCCAGUUCGGGCGAUGUUCCCGAUGGCACUGGACCUGCUUGUACGCAGACAAGAUAUAUUUGGCGAAAUAGGAGGAGAAGUGAGUUUAGUUGAUAAGGUUGUGGGAUUCAGUGAAGCAGGGAGGAUGUACGAAGAGUUCGACAAAGGGAAGUGUGGAAAGGUUCUGUUUGACCCUUGGAAGUAAACAAAAUUAGUUGGAGUGACGCGUAUGUCACG